AUGGCUGCCAUUGAUGAUUCUAACCCCUUCACUCUUCAUUCUUUCGACCAUCCUGGCAUUGCCUUAGUUUCUCAUCCUCUUACCGGUGACAACUACAAUUCUUGGAAGAAAGCAAUGCGCAUGGCUCUUCAUGGGAAGAACAAAUAUGGGUUUGUCGAUGGUUCAAUUCCUGAACCUGCUUUGGGUCACUCCACUCAUGCUUUGUGGCAUCGCAACGCGUAUGAUAGUAUCGUUUCUUCCUGGCUCCUUAAUUCUUUAUCCAAAGAAAUGCAAGUCAGUAUCUUACAUUGUUCUUCUGUCAAAACAAUCUGGGAUGAUCUUCAAGAACGUUUCGAGCAACGAAAUGGUCCUUUAAUUUUUCAACUUAAGCAUGAAUUGAUCACUCUGCAACAAGGUUCCAUGUUUGUUUCCUCUUUCUACUCUAAGCUUCGUUCUCUGUGGGAGUCAUUAUCAUAA